AUGGAUCCUAAUGAGUACAACAGGACUUUGCUUUCGUCCCAGCUCAAUCUUACGAAUGAAUCGCUCUCCAAGCUCAACUCGGUGAUCCGAACGCACCAUAGGAUCACCCUUUCCGAAAAAUCGAACUGGUGCAAGUCUCUGAUGAUCCAACCCAUCAAGGCCCCAGAAACAAUAGUCUGGUCCUUUGUGCGGGACUUCUCCCAGCCGCAGAAGUACAAGCACUUUAUCAAGACCUGCCAGCUGACAAGCGGGGACGGGAUCACGGUCGGGAGCAUCCGCGACUUGGUUGUGAUCUCGGGCCUCCCGGCUUCAAUGAGCAAGGAGAGGCUAGAGGUCCUGGACGACGAGAACCAAGUCCUGAGCUUUAGAGUCUUAGGAGGGGACCACAGGCUGAAGGACUACCAGUCGGUGACCUCGGUCAACGCGUUGUCCGACAGGGAGGGCAGGGCGUUGACUCUGGUCGUGGAGUCCUAUGUUGUUGAGGUGCCCGAGGGGAACACUGCCGAGGAUACGAGGUCGUUGGCUGACACCAUUGUCAGACUGAACCUGCAGAAUCUAGCGGAAGUUUCUGUCUCCGCCGCGGGGGCAGCAGCAACGGCUAAGUUCUCUUCUUCAUCUUCGGGAGAACAGUCUCAAGAUCCCAAACCGUCCCAUUGAAUUUAAGAGACCGACUCAGUGAAAUAAUACUAUAUAGCAUGACCAA